UGUAGCAAUAAUUGCUCUCUGCGUCUUCACGCCUCUCAUAACCAUUCUCAAUGGAUUCGUUCGUUGAAGUCGGUCCCGUCUUUUUGAAGAUGUAGAUUGGAUUUAUUUGGCAUUCUUUUAGUUCAAUAUUGUGUGAGAUCAUUUUAUAACUACGUCAGUGUGUUUCCCGACGAUGGAGAACCAUGUUUUAAUCACCGUGUUUACAAUAGGUUUACUGACACCUCCAAACUAUGCGUCGGAUGGGGGAUUUCCUAGCUUUAAAAUGAGCAAUGAGGAUUGUACUUACGAACUAAACGUGAAAAAUAAUCUGAUAAAUGUUUCUUGUGGCCGAAAUGUUACUGUUCGCAUACACGAUAAAAACGGCGUAAUUUCCAUGACGGGCCGGAAAUCGGACAAUCUAUGGUUUCAAAAUGGCGCCCGGCCCGGUGGUGGAUUAUUUCGACCAAACAAAACUUCAGCAAGUUUUGGAGUAAACAACAGGGCAUCUUCUAAACUUAAAGACUCCACAACGAUUCUGAAAAGGAUGAAGAAGAAACUGGUGUACAGACAGAGAGUGUUAAAUAAUAUUACAACGGAUCUGAAAAAUGGCGACGUCGAAGUACAGAACGAUCUUUCACGAUUGAGAGAUCUACAGGCGGGCAAUGCUCUCGCCCUAGAAAACGUUGCAGCAACGUUGACUAACCAGUAUAGGUUUCUAAGCAUGGCUAUGCUGGCUCAGAACGCCGAAAUGAAGGCGUUGAUUAAUACAAUGAACUCACUGAUAGUGGCGACUCAAAAAUCUGUUCGGGGUAGCCUGGCUGUUAACGAUCAACUUCAGGAGGAAAUUGUCCUCUUGAACACGGCCCUUCAGCGGGCUAACAUCUCCAAACCAGAAAAAAGAAAAGAUUUCUGUCCGAGGCACUUGGCGGCUAUUCUACCUGGGGGUGAGGAGCUGCCGGUCGGUAUCGCACAGGGAACAUUUAUGAAGGAUCCUAUUCCAGGGGGACAGAUAUGGGUGACCUACGGCUAUAGUGAUCUCAAUGAAAUAGCCGAGUUCGAUUCUCAUCAGUCUUUCACCUUCGACACUGCCACAAAGAAGCAUACACUUCCGUUCUUUUGCGAAGGCACUGGUCACGUGGUAUACAAAAACUGUCUGUACUGUCAUAAAGUGAUGACAAAUAAGGUUGUCAAGUUUAAUCUUAUUGAGGGACGCUGGGUUGGCGAGCUGCCCCUCCCAGGCGGGGUCGGAUCCCACAAUACGUUCCCCUACGAGUCGGGUAUUUUUACGGAUGUGGAUUUCGCUGUGGAUGAACUCGGCUUAUGGGUUAUCUACGCGACACAGACAUCUAGAGGACACAUCGUCAUAAGUAAACUUGAUGACCUCAAUUUCAUCGUCGCCCAGACCUGGACGACGGACAUAUCCAAGGUGGACGUCGGCAACGCAUUCAUGAUCUGUGGUGUUCUUUAUUGUGUUGAUUCCUACAAAAAAGUUCCAACGUACAUCAAAUAUAUCUAUGACACGAACAAUGGCGGCAAAAGGAUUUUGACGGAGAGUGUUCUUCCAUUCAAAAAUUCUAUCAGCACCAACUACGCUCAAAACUACAUGCUUGAUUAUAACCCGCUGGACGAGAAAUUAUACGCUUGGAACCAUGGCCGGAUCGAGAUCUACAAUCUGUCCCUUGAGUCUGAUUAAAAAGACACCGAAUGGUACGGACUUGCAGCGGACAGAAGUCAAAGCUACCUGGAUGUCUGGAGGGCUACAGAAGAUGAGCAGUUUCUUAAGUCCUUUGAAACGGAAUAUUUAAUGAAGACAGUGAGAUCACUACAUUUAACGUUGAUAUUAAUGUACCUCUGAAAUCUUGGUAAUAAGGUCAUAUGUGAUGAUCCUGGACGUUUUAAUUCCAUGCAUUAUCGCAAAUACCGACGGUAAGAGUCUGUUGGGAGUUUCUAAAAAUAGUUAUAUAUCAAUAUUCUAUAUAUUUUCCAUUAAAAACAGAAAAAUAACUUAUAAAAUAAAUUAGACGGAAUCAACAGUUAUGCGUGAAUUCAUAAUCGAUUCAUGAACUUCUGGUGGUAUCAUUUAUCAUGAUGUAGUGAGUUAUCAUCUACAAUUUUCUCUUUUAGUUUCACAAUUAACAAUCGGCAGGAUUAUUGUCGUAUCUUACCACAACCUAUUUUUCUCUAUAUUGAUUCGUUACCGAAGUACCGCUGUGUCCUGCUUGUCCUAUACAUUGCAGUAGUAUGCCCUAAUAUAUCCCAUGAUAAUAUAAGUUUAGUGAAGAAUAUUCCACAGAUACAAUGCAUUAUGUAAUCUAAAUUUAAUCCGGAAACAGUUUUCCGGUCGAUUGCGUAAUUAUUCAUUUUUAUUAACAUAAUACUGUAUCAGUAUUGAAGGAGUUGACUGUAUAUAAGACUCUAACAUGUAAUGAAUAUUUAUUUGCUUUGUACAAAGUAAGUUUUUUAUUCUACCUUAAUGUAUGAUAUCACACGUCUUUAGUGAAUGUAUAACAGAGGGAAAUAUGUCACUUUCAAAGCCAGGUAUAUACAUUAUACCGACAGCAAUGAAAAGUGAAUAUGUAAAUAUGUACAUUAUAUGCGAAUGUUUCAUUACUUAUCCAUUUCAAUAGAUUUCAAACAUUGAUGAGAUUUUCCAUGGACGUUGUCUUUUCAUUUUUGUGAGUUCUUUUGUGUGGAAUAAAAAAAACUCUUAGAAAA